CACACACACAUACACAGCGAGCAGUUCCGCCUUCCUUCUCCCCGCAGACUUUUCCGCAUGUCACAUCUACAGCACACGCUCGCUAAAUUACUGCGCAGCACCAUGCAGGAGGAGGACGCGUGAUCUCUCACAAGGUAUCCGACAGAUAUCAAAGGAGCACAAUGACAGCACACGUGAUAUCAUGAUGUCACCGAAGGCCGAACAUGCCAGGGCGUAAUGCCAAGGCGCUCUGUGGCAGAGCUGUGCUUUGAGGUCUACCCUCAGCUGUUCACUCCGUAGAUCUUCCACACCCUACACGGAACCUCCAAUAUCCCUCCACCUGCGCGAGGUGAAAAUGGGCACUCAGAGGAAGCACUUAGUCAAGGAGUUCAACCACUUCAUCACUUGUUAUGUGUGUAAAGGCUACCUGAUCAAGCCGACCACCGUGACAGAGUGCCUGCAUACCUUUUGUAAAAGUUGCAUCGUCCAGCAUUUCGAAGACAGCAACGAUUGUCCGAAAUGUGGCAUCCAAGUCCAUGAAACGAACCCACUGGAAAUGUUAAGGUUGGACAACACGUUAGAAGAAAUCAUAUUCAAGCUUGUGCCUGGACUUCGGGAAAAGGAAGAACAACAGGAGAUUGAAUUCUGGAAAAAGAACAAGUCAAAAGAAAACAAUGGCGAUGACGGCCCUGAGUGUAAGAGGAUGAAGUUGGAUGACGACAUCGAUGAUGGUGGCGAUGGAGAUUACCACAGGAACGACCCACAGAUAGCCAUCUGCCUGGACUGUCUGCGUAACAAUGGCCAGAUAGGGGAGAAUAUAGUAAAGGGCUUAAUGAAGAAAUUUAUCCGCUGCUCCACUCGUGUCACUGUAGGGACAAUCAAGAAGUUCUUAAGUCUAAAGUUAAAGCUUCCAAGUUCUUAUGAGUUAGACGUCCUAUGCAAUGGGGAGAUUAUGGGAAAAGAUCACACCAUGGAAUUCAUCUACAUGACGAGGUGGAGGCUUCGAGGAGAAAAUGCCUACCCAAUGGUACUGGAAUAUCGUCCUCGUAUUGACUUUGGCUAAACCGGUUGAGGCUCAUGCACUUUCCCUCAGUCCAGCAAAAGAUGGAAAAGUGACCAACAUGCUGCACAAGAGAGACUUUAUCACACCAUUGUUUUCCAUUCAUUCGAGUUUUUGCGUAUUUCCCUGUAUGUUCUAAAACUUCCUCAUUGUCGGACUUCUCGUCACAGCUGGGACUGUAGCUGUCUGUAUGUGUCUUUAAUCCCACCCUGGCUUGGUAUGCGUGUUUUGUUCCAUUUGGUGGUCCACAAGAAAAACUGUUGAAGUGAUCAGUCAUGAAGUUAUGGACCCAAGGAAAUUCACAUGCUAUGAGAUAAUUGCUCAGCAAAACUUUUUUUUAUUUUUUUUUUAUCUGUAGUUAAAGUAGUGCCUUUUCUAAACAUCCAUUUUUUUUUUUUGCUGAUUUCAACAGCAUUUUUUUAUUCCUAGCCAGUAAGGCAAUACACAAUAGCAUCUUACCAGAUCCAAGAAUCUUCAGUUGUUAUUAUUAAAAUAAGCUACUUUUUUUUUGUCUUUAACUGAACCAUAAAGAAUGGCAGGGUAUACGGUGGCCCCUGACAUUUGUUCCAACCAUGUCUUUGUACAUGGAAGAAAGCCUUACUAGGAGCAGUGAGGAAAGCACUGAUAUCUUGCACUAGAUUUACUGAUAAAACGCUGCUUGUUUAAAAGUGAAUCCUGGAAAUCUACAUGUAUUAAAAGUGCUUGCAAAUGUAUAAAAAAUAAAUAUCUUUAUUAUGUAUGUGUGUAUAUAUAUAUAUAUAUAUAUAUAUAUAUAUAUAUAUAUAUAUAUAUACUGUAUGGAAAAAUAAACUUGGUGAAUGAUGAAUUUACACACACAAUACCAGUCAAAUGUUUGCACACACCUUCUCGUUCAAAGGAUUUUCGACUGUGUAGAACAAUACCGAAGACAUCAAACCUGUCAAAUGACACAUAUGAUAUUACAUGGUUAAACAAAAACAAUGUGAAUAUAAUACGUGUAGAUUUCAGAUUGAUGUUUUUGUUUGUUAAACCACACAGUGACCUAUGAAUCAUGCAAGCAUAAAAAAAACUUAGGGCAUAAACUACAGUAGUGGGAAACAUGUACUGUACAGAUGAUGACAGAUGAUGAGAGUGGUGAUUAGUUUACCGGUGAUGUUGAAUGCUGAGUGGUUGGAACAGAUACUGUAAGAGUGGAAACGAGGUUGCUGCUGAGAUUGUUACAUAAGCAACCAUUUUUUUGUUAUAUUUUUAGGCAUUUCACAGCCUGUCAUUUGAUCCAGUUUCUCUCAAUUAAUCUACAAUCAUUUAAUUUAAUUUAAUAUAAAGAAAUGAGAGGUGACUUAAGACUUCUGCACAGUAUUUCGGACUUUAGGCUCUUCAAAAUUCUUUACUUUCACAGUAACUUUGCACAUUACCGCUCAGCAUUUAAAGAAUCUCCUUCAAGACUUUUGGAGAAUUAUUCCACAUGAGGAGCUGAUGAAGCUGGUUAGGAGAAUACCAAGCAUGUUCAAAUCUGUUAUCAAUUCUAAAGGUGGCUACUUAAAACAUUUUGCUUUAAUUAGCUUUUUUUUGCUUUGUACAUUUUACAGUUUUGAUGUCUUCUGUAUACUUCUACAAAUAGUAAAAAUAAAGAAAAGCCCUUCAAUGAGUAGAUGUGUCCUAACUUUUAACUGGUAUUUUUAAAAAAUUCUAUAAUAAAAAAAAAAAAAAUCCAGUUACACUAAAACACAUACAUUAUUACUGAAAAGCGAAAUGAAAAUAAGUAGUGAGUUUCUGCUUUUUCAUUAAAUUAAAUUUACACAGUUAAAGACUUAAGGCAUCAAAGAAUCAUACAGACCAUCGAGUCACUCAUCCCAUAUUCCUAUAAUCUAUUGUUUUAAUUUCUAAAAAACAAAAGAUAAAUAAUAAAUAUAAAAUAUUUAGGAAAAUACAAAUACUCCUAAAUGUUCUCAAACCCCUUGUUUGUGCAGAUCACUGGUCACUUUUAUCUCCGGUACCAGUAACAU